CAGAAUACACAGACGCAUUACAAUGUGAACGCGUUUACAGUGGUUUACAAUUUAGAGUGAACAUUAUUGCUUUGUACUUGAAUCAUUUAUCAUACUCUGAAUUAUUCACUGACCUCGGAGCAAGAGCAAAGUGGAAAUAAUUUGAAAACACGCUCACGUUUUUUUUUUUAGUACAACAAAGUUUUUAAAGCAAUUAAUAUUUAACAAGGAGAACAAAGGGAACUAUAAGGUUAAUACUCUCUGCUCCUCAAAAUGCAGUACAUUUAUUCAAAACAGCGGGACCCAGUAGCUAAAGAUGAAAAAAAAUAAUAAUUAAAUGUGUAAAGAUGAUUAAGCAGUGAGGUCACACUGUAAGCCACUGAAUCACAAAACGUAUUUAGCUGACAUCGUACGUAUUGCUUAUGGAGUGAGAAAGCUUUAUCGGAUAUACAUUACACAAUGCAUAUAUACUGUACAUUUUAACGGUAGCACUCAGAAAAUGCCCACGUCUAGCAUGUACCGUACAUCACGCCCCCAAACCGCCGGACGGGCAGGAGAUCGAAGAAUUAAACCCAAACAUUCCAUUGGUGUGGUCGGGUCUUCAGGGUGGUCAGCAGCCCAAACCAGCUUCACUAAAGACACUCGAGUUUUCAGGAAAAUGUUCCCGAGAGUGGAUCGCGUUAAAACCAAGCGCCAGCUGAAGAGGGCCUACGCGGCGGGUCCCUUCCCUCGAUCUGUGUGGAUACACGACAAAGCGCCCGAAGACGACUUGGAUAAAGUCUGCUAUGAAAUAUGGAAGAGGGUUCAGGUGGCGACGGCCGGCUCAUCGGCACGGCCUACCGCUGCAGACAGGGCCCCGGAGCCCACUGACUUGGUCCCGCCGGCGCCGCGGGAGCUUCCGAGCGCGACGGCAGAGCCGGCACCCCCAGCGGGCAGCCGGGACGCACAGCGAGCACGCUGGACGCACCCCGAGCCCGCCGCCGAGGGAGUGGGCUCUGUGGAGAGGAAGAGGAAGAGCAUAGAGGUGUUCCUCCGGGCAGUCCUCCAGGGCAAAGAGGCCGGGAGACCAGAGCAGCUGCCGCAAGGAGCUCUGCCCGCUGGGCUCGGGAGCUCCUGCAGCAGCACGGAGGCCCCAGCUCCCGACAGCAAGGCCUCCCAGGGCCUCUCCCAGUUUCCCGGGAAGUCCUCGGAAUCCGGCCUGGCACGGCCGGGGCAGGUGGAGGUGGCGGGGGGGGCCAAGCUCGCGACGGCUGUCGAGGAAAACGGCGGCUUCAGCUCAGCAGACCGCAGAGAGCAUAGGGGCGGCGAGGGGGUCGGCAGAGGAGCCCCGCCCAGGGGCCCCGUCUCCUCCGGGGCUCCUCUUCAAGGCUCGGCGCAGGGCAGGGGCAGGCUGGCUCCAUUGCCAGUGUUUGCCAAACUGCACGUGGCCACCGACCUGCCAUGCAGACGUCUCCCUGCCAGGACAGGGGAAAAUCAUCAUGUGCAGAAUACAGGUGACAGGCACGCCCACCCAGACAUGUCUGGCACAUUGGGCGAUGGUGCAAGGAAACCAGCAACCCUCAAGGAGAAAGCACUGGAAUAUGAAUUCCUAGAGAGUGCAAAGAGACCAUGGCAAAAGACCGCAGAUCCCACCAGCUCCAAUGAUGUGGCUGCACCUCUUCAGGAGAGCAGGACAGGUGCUGUCAAAGCCCACCCAGGUCCGUGCCCCACACAGACCCGGAACACGCUGAAAUACAGUGGACAGAGCUUCGUCCCAAGUGGUCAGCCCCCCUUUGGCACCAGCCUGCCAGCCGCAGUGCAUCCUGCCCCUGUCCGAAACCCCCCAGGCUUCAGCCAGUACCAGAACUUUUUCCAGCAGCUGCCAGUGAACCACAUGAGCCACCUUCAGGCUGUCAACCCAACCAGAUUUCAGACCAGACCGCAAAUCAGUCCCUUCGGCUUUUCCCCGAUGGCACCUUCCAUGUUCUACCCAUACGGUCUGCUGCCCUUGGGGCAACCAAGGCCCCCGCCUCAGGCAAGUGGGUGCCACCGAGUCCCAGGGGUGCCCCCUGACCCCUCCCACAUGUUCGGGGAUGGGCUACAGCAUCACUUUCCAUCUCUUUACAGUGACAAUUUACAGGAGAUUGGGAAUCUUUUGAGCUUCAGCAUCGGCCGCCCAUAUUUUGCGAGCAGCACAAAUGUUCCUCCAGGGUUCUCUGCAGAUGCUUUCUUCAGGGGACUCAUGUAGACGGACGCCAGGGGACAAGCAGACGCCAUGCGACCAUGCGACCUGUGUAUUGUUUCUUUGUUCCGGCUGGAAGUUUGCUUUCGACUUGGGAGAUGUUGGAAUGGGCAGACAGUGCGCUUUUUGUUUUUCCUUGAUAAAUGUAUAAUGUUAAAGCAGUUUAAAAAGAAAUAAACCUCAUAGAUUGUUGUAAUAAAUCUUUCUC